UGGGACUCUCCUCUUCCAAAUUUUUGCGGUUCUUCAGAUUGGCGAUGCGGAGACCACGAGAUCAUCAGGGGGAACCAAUGCUCCCGUUCAAGCGGAAGGCAAGUGCGGAAGAACAGUCGAUUCAGCAGUCGAGAAAGAAGGAAAGAUCGCUCUCCUCCUGUACCUCUCCUCGUCUCUCGUUCCUUACUCGGCAUACUGAAUUCACAUGGUAUGAAGAGGACUUGUGGAUUGAAGUGGCCAAGUGCUUGGAGGGCAGAGAUUUGAUCAGACUAGCAGUGACGUGCAGGUGGUUCUACUCUCUGAUCAUGGAAGAUAGUAUCUGGAAGUUUGCUUGUCUCCGUGAUCUGCAGGUUCUUUCUCCUCAUCACGUGUCCUUCAAGUGGUUUCAGCUGUAUGCCUCUGCUUUCGAUGGCAGCCAUGCCUAUUGCUUUCGUCAGAAGGAGAAGCACAUCGAUUGGAUGCGAAUUGGUGCAUUCUUCUUCGAGACACCUUCGGCGGUGCUCACGGAGAAACUAGCGCUUCCGACCAAACUAUCGGAGCUUGAAGAAGACCACAACAGGGCCAUCCAACUCAACGGUACCUGCAUUCUAACGGAUAUUAGAACUGGAAUAUGGAUUGCCGAUCUGCAGCUCGUUCGUUGUCCCGUUUGCAACCUCAACACAUGCGAAGGGACGAUGCAGAUACUGGACGUGAGGCACUUUGAGCUGUUCCUCGAAGAGAGCUUCAGAAAUGGAAGCUGGCAGUUCGAAGACAUCGGAUCCCAUCGCAUUGAAAAGCAAUCCCAAUCUGCUUCUGGUGGCGUUUUCGAUUAUAAACACAUCUAUUCUCCUUGCACUGCAGGUUUGCUUGAUACCUCCGGUUGGCUAGCGGAUCCCUGCGAUUGGCAACCGAGGGCAAGACUCUCCCCCCACGCCGUCGCCGUCAACACAAACCUGCAGUCCAAUGAGGGUCUUCACGUGAGAUUCCAGGCUAUGAGGAGCAAAGGUUCGGAUGGAAAAGUAGUUUCCAUAAGAAUCUCACAGCAGCUCAUUUGAUCCUUUUCUUCUCCUAUCGUUCCCGCGAAUGAGCCUUUUGACAAGUGGCCUUGCGUUAACUCUAUUCUGCAACAGUUUUCAGAGCGUGCUUAUCAGAUGUUGAGGUAAUUGAUUCUUAUAAGUCGUAGUAGUAGUAGUAGUAGAAUAAAGAGUUAUUAGCAUAUACUGAUGAAAGAGGAAACAUUGAGGGCCUUAGUUGGAUUCAAUAUAUCAGUGCGGAUGAACAUUUUAUUAAUUGAUAAUUCAAAUUUUUUGUUACGAUUUUAA